AUGAAGCUCCCACUUCUCCCCCUCCUCUUCACAACCCUCUCCUCCGCAGCCAAUACCCUCUGUGGCCCAGACGAGGCAAUCCUCAUCCUCGACAACAACACCACCACCACCAUCAAGAAAGCCGACAUUGCCGCCUACCUCCCCAACGUCUCCUUCCUCCCCCCCAACACCACCUAUCCCCCUCUCAUCAACACCACCACCACCCCCUCCAACCACACCAAACGCAGCAGUUCCACCGAACUCAUCAUCGAGCUCCCCUCCCUCAGCUUCCUCGGCUGGGACAUCGCCAUGUCCACCGUCACCCACGCCAACCAAGCCGACGCCACCAUCGCCAUCGCGGCCGGCCAAAUGCUCGCCGACAGCAUCGCCAUCGGCGAAUCCGCCGACCUCACCCUCGUCAAGGAUUUCCUCUCCACCAGUUACAGUCUGACGUACACGCACACCGUGACCAGCACGUUGACCGGCACGGUCACCAUGACGAUCCCGGCCAAUAAGUGGGGUGCGAUUGUGAGUAACCCGUUGACCCACCGGAAGCGGGGGUAUGUGUUCACGGGGGAGCCGGGCAAUGGUCAGUUUGAGUAUUAUCAGGCGGAUUCGUUUGAGAGUGCGAGUUAUAGUUAUUCGGCAGGGACGUUGGCGUGGGUGAAGGGGGUUGUGACCACGUGUUUGGGGGAUGGGUAUCCGUUGCCGAGGUGUGAGGGGAGUGGGGUUUUGGAGUAA